AUUAUUUGAUGAUAUAAGCGAUAAGUAUGGCGGAAAAGUUUGAUUUGUUGCUGAUGAAUGGCCCAUCAUUUUCUGGCAGGAGAUUUUAUAGUUCUCUCUUGAAAUCACACAGUGAAAUUAUUCCAAAGAAAAUGUUUUUAUCAGAUAACACUCUUGGACUGAGAGAUAUUAUUAUGGAAGUGAUUUCUUUGUUAAAAGAGAACAAAAAGGUUGUGGUCAAUGAUGAAAACUGCAAUAAAUCAACCUGGGAGUCCUACAUAAAUAUGGUGAAGAAAAAGACUCCAUCAAAAACAAUAGCUGUUGUAUCAGUACAACCCAAACAUGGAUUGAAACAGUUGUACUGGUCCCGCCAGUAUUACAUGCUGGAUAAUAAUGAAUGGGAACCAUUACUGGACAGUAACUUGACCAAAUGGUUUGAUAGUUCCACAGGGGAACUUUCUUAUCAUGUAGUUGAUGACCCAACAUCAGUCGAAGAUCUCAAGGUUAUUGUUGAGGAACAUCCUGUCAUUCUACAAACACAUAUUCAGCCUGAUAUCCCAGGACUGUUUUUCCAAUGGGAGGCUGUGUUUUGUGAGGAGUCAAUUAAAGCAGGGAUUAUAAAGACUUGUCAGUUAUGGAUCCAGAAAUGUCAGCAUGGAAGGAUAUUUAUAUUGUUAGAUCUGACCAAAAAUGCCAGCUAUAUGGAUUCUAGUUUUCAAGAAGAGGUAAAGAAUUGUAUGGAAGGACUUGUUAAAAAGCUAGAAGAUAUUCCUGUGUAUUUAUACAGUGUUGAUAAAGAAGCAGUAAAAUAUACGUUGCCACCUAAUCCUGGGUUACUGGCGACAAUUCAAGGGUCACAUGGUAUAGACUUGUUUAAUAAGAACACAGUCAUGCUGUUUCAAGAUAAUACAUUUUCUAAAAUGGCAGAUUCGGCAGGUGUAAAACAUGUAAAUGCUUCAAAAGUGUUACAGAAGCCGACAUUAAUUUUGAAUAAACUGAUUUUCACAUCACCACGUCAGCCAAAUUUUCUUCAAGAUAUGGAGUUCAGAGUUGAAGAGGACCAAUCACCUUGUUUACCUUUAUAUAACCUCAAAGAUAAUUUCCAUGAAAAUUGUUUAUCAGGGGAAGUAAGCCAGGGUAUUAAAGCAUCCCUGUAUGGAUCAAAUAUUCAUUCCAUUGAAAAGUUUCAGAAAAGUUUUGAAGCCUACCUGAUGAAAAAAGAAGACCCCUCCAUUCAGUUAAAUCCUGAUGACAGUACACAUGUAUCUAGUGAUGAUGAGGUCAUAAUUCAGAACAAAUCUUUUACAAGAGAGCUACCUAAGUGGAUGUUGGGUACCAGUAAAUCUGCUUCAUCUUCAUCCCUGUCAAGUCAUCGUUCUGACAGUGUCAACAGUACAGCUUCAUCAGACCAGAAGAAAGCCAGAUCUACAGCUUAUGUGAUGUCGGAGAAGGAACUUGUAGAGGUAGCUACAGAAAUCCUCAAACAGGCAGGAAGAGAAGAUAUUCUGCAUAGAAUUCAGGAAAAAGAACUGCCAAUAAUCACUUGUUCAAAAAAGGGAGACAACAAAGAAACAAACAUUAUAAUAACUAAAACAGAAUCCAACUACACAGCCAUGGUGGAAGUAACUGAAGAAAAUGGAGUGGAUCCCUCAUGUAUAAGUGCCUCGAGUAAAAAGAGAAAAACAUUCUCUAAAAAGAAAACCGCUUCUACUGGUAAUAAAACAAAAGACAUAUUAGAUUUAGAUUUUAUGGACUCAGAAGAUAUAAAAGACGAAAUAAAUGUGAAAAACUCAGGUUGUGAAUCUAGUAAGAGAGACAAUAUUGUACCUCAGCGCCUGGAAAUUACGAAAACAAACCAGUCCGUACAGUCAAAAACAAAUUUCUCUAACGAUUUAUUUGACACUGUUCCUGUUUGUGAAGAGGAAAAGGACAUGGAGAUGAAAUCAAAGAAAAAUAUUAGUGAUGAAACUUGCAUUUUAGGUGAAGAAAAAAAUAACGACUCAAUUAAAACUUCAAAUAGUUACCUGUUUACAAAACUAUCUAAAAGGUUACAUGACCAAGUUGAAAGUAAAUGUAAUAAUGACGGUAUAAAUGAAUCUUGUUCUAGUAGAGAUGAAACCUCUUUAAAUAUUGACCCAACAGAAUUGUUUCAAAACUUACCAGAAGACGAUUCUCAAAGACAGAGUGUAACAUUUAAACCAAGGAAGAAACUAAAGACUGUAGAAACACGUCAUGAUCACCAGUCAAAUGAUAAUCAUAACAAUAACAAUGUUAAGUCUGCCAUUGCCAGUGCUAAACCAAAGAAACCUGAUUUGUCUUUCUUAGAUGAUAUAUUUGGAUGAAUUACUUGCAUUAAGUAUUUGUUUAUAAAUUAUAUUGGAU